AGCAACAAAGUUACCAGAAAGCACCCAUGUAUCAAAGAAGGAAGAGGCAGAGAGUGAAAAAGAUUCCUCGUAUGAGAGCGAUGCACCACCUGCUUCUAAGAGGCAACGCAGAGACUCCAGUAGUACUCAGGAGACAAGUUGCACUAACAAGGAGCCCUUGGAAGAAUCACAGAUGAGUAGAAGAAAUUCAGUUUCUUCUAAAAAAGAAAACUCAAGUCCCCCCCCGGUAGUGACCAAUGGCUUGACCCCCACCGCGCAAGCAGGCCAAGCAGCCACACCCGUCCCCAGUAACCCUGCCACUGAUGUCAGAGAAGAGAAAGAAGAGGACAAGGGAAGUACGAAAGUUGUCUCUAAAGAGAAAAAGACAGUCAGCAAAGACAAAACAAAAGGGAAGCUGAUGAAUGGGAAUAACCAUAUCAAGGAGGAAAUGGAAGAAUACUUGGAGGAGGACUUUGAAGGAAGCAGACCUGAAAAUGGGGAUUCAGAUUACGUGAAGAAUUUGGCCGAUCCUGAAAAGUCAUCUGGCGGCUCAGUCACAGAUAGCAUAGCAGAGAGUGCAGCGGCACCAGUGACGCCUCCUUUAAGUGGUGGUGUUAAUUAUACUGCACUGUUAACCAGAGGAAUCUUGCCAUCUGUUGCUAACAUGAAGACAGACACAAUUCUCAUCUCCCCCUUUGCACUAAGUGACAAGAUAGUGCAGAAGGUCCUCCUCCCCGCACAGCCAUCCACUGGAGCUUCCCCCUCUUGCACAUCACCCAGCUCAAGCACAACGACUGUCACAACCCCUACUGCAACACUCAGCACAAACAGUCAGACAGACACCUCUCCAAGUCAGCCCUACAUUCAACCGCCCUUGGUCUCUGUACAAGAGGUCCAAGCUACACUAGAACAAUACCAGCGGAAGCUUGCCUUUCAUGAGCCAAGACCGUGCCCGACGUGCAAAAGGAUGUACCGAGAUGCUGCCACCUUGCGGACACACAUGGCUAUCAUGCAUGCUGAAGGCAGAGAACCUUUCUCAUGCACAUGUGGGGCAUUGUUUCGUACAAAAUAUGACAUGUACCAACACAAGAAGAAUGGUCAUCGAUAAGCUUGACAAGUGAACUUCAAGGCCAAAGAACAAGCUGCGAUGUAGAGCAAGGAAAACCUGGAGACAGGCAGGUAGUUGUGUCACCAUUACGACUGCUAUAUAUAUGGCAAACUGAUUAACCAUGCCAAAGAUAAGAAAUGUGGUAGUUGUGUACUAAACAGGAAUUGUCUGGUGUAGAAAUGCAUUUCAGAAAAUAAUUGGAACUAAAUAGUAGAAAUGUAUAAUGCCUCCCUAAUGAUCUGGUAUUGGUAUGGAUUGAUAUUUUAUUCUUUUAGAAG